AUGCCCGGUCGUAAAACUUCUAAUAAGCCUGAUAUCCAAGAGUCCCGGUUCGAUUACCACGAUGAUGUAGGCGCCACCUUACAAGAGGCUAGAACGAAUGGUGCCGUCUCUAUUUCAGCGGAGCUGUUCGAGAAACUCUAUCUUGCCCCUAAGACAGAUGUUAGCGGCCAGUUGAGGAAAACUUUUGGAAACCCGACUCCUAUUGGUCUCGUGGGAUUCCUCCUCGCCUUAACGCCUCUAUCUUGUGAUCUAAUGCAAUGGCGAGGUGCCUCUAGCAGUGGCUCGAACGGAAUCCCGCAGUUCUUCUUUUUUGGAGGUCUGCUCCAGUUCACUACUGGACUCCUCGAGUUCUUCCUCGGGAACACGUUUCCUUCCGUCGUGUUCUGUACAUUCGGCGCUUUUUUCUUGUCUCUCGGCGGAACACUCAACCCAUCUUUCGCCGCCUUCUCUUCAUUUGCUCCAGCUGGACAGGCUGCGGCUGUUGGCCUUACGACACAGGCUUUCAAUGCUGGAUUCGGCUUUUUCCUCGUAUUUAUGGGGGUAGUAUCGUUCAUCUUCUUCGUUUGUGCUUUUCGAACGAAUAUUUGCUUCGUGAUCAUCUUCCUCACACUGAUCUUUACCUUCGCCCUAUUGACUGCGGCAUACUGGCUACUCGCUGAGGACUUUACUGGGAAUGCCUCAACGGCUAAUGAUUUUGUUAUUGCCAGUGGAGCAUGUGCUUUCGUCUGUUGCGCGGCUGGCUGGUGGAUACUGUUUGCCAUCGUUCUUGAAUCUGUUGAUUUUCCCUUCCAGCUGCCGGUGGGUGAUUUGAGUCAACUGGUCAAGCCCAGGAGCAAGCCUGGACCUGCUCAUGUCGCCCAUGGAGACGUUUAA